AUGUCGAGUGUUUAUUACCUGUGGGUCGCUGGUAAAUCCCAACCCGGGAAAGAGGACCUAAUCCCUAUCGAGGAUCCAGCUACCGGAGAGAUCUUCGCCGAAUGUCAUGCAGCAUCCGAGGAAGAUGUCGACAACGCAGUCCAUAUUGCACACUCGGCAUACAAAUCUGGCAUAUGGUCACGGGCAUCUCGUCACAAACGGGCGGAUGUACUCGAAAAUUGCGCUGGCUAUCUCAAAGAAGCAUUGCCAGAAUUGAUCGAUCUUGAGGUGAAACAAACCGGUCGCGUGGUACGUGAGAUGAAAGCCCAGGUUCCGUCGCUCGUGCGAUGGUUUCAAUACUAUGCCUCGUUGUUACGGGUGGAAGAGCGUUCCGUUCUUCCAACUACUGGCAAGCUUCACAACUUCACGGAAAGACUACCCCUGGGUGUUGUAGUGCAGAUCACCUCAUUCAAUCACCCUCUCCUGAUUGCAGUGAAGAAACUAGCACCUGCUCUAGCAGCUGGGAAUAGUGUAAUAACCAAGCCGAGCAGAAUCCUUCAGCGGGCAGGGAUUCCAGAUGGAGUUUUCAACGUUCUGCCUGGGUUUGGAUCAAAAACAGGGAGAUUCUUGGUUUCGCACCCACUGGUGCGUAAAGUGGAUGUGACUGGAAGCACCGAUGCGGGGAAAGCGAUUGGAGCACUGGUGGGAGGCAAUCUGUGUCGAUAUACAGCCGAGCUGGGAGGCAAGGCCCCACUCCUAAUCUUCCAUGACGCCGAUAUCGAUGUCGCAGUCAAUGGAAUUGCAUUUGGAAGUUAUAUUGCCAGCGGACAAACAUGUGUGGCAAGCACAAGGAUCCUUGUUGACAACAAAAUUCUGGAUCAGGUGUUACAGAAAUUGAAGACAAAGGUCGUGAGCAUUACUGCUCAAAUAGGGUCUCCUACCAAUAUUGACUCGAUGAUGGGCCCGCUUAUAUCUGAAAAACAAAUGAUCAAAGUCCAAGAAUUGGUUGAUGAUGCUGUUGAGAAUGGAGCUGCAAUCCCUCUCACUGGGGGCAAACGUCUACUUGGAAAAAGCUCCCUGGAUAGAUCCAACUUUUCGAAGGGAUAUUUCUUCGAGCCAACUGUCCUAGUGCCAGGAAGAAAAGAUUUGACUGCAUCAUCUAUUUGGCGCCGUGAAGCAUUUGGCCCUGUUAUUGUUGUGCUUGGCUUUGAUACGGAGGACCAGGCCGUUGAAUUAGCCAACGAUACAGAGUUUGGCCUGGGGGCAGGUAUCUGGACCGAGGACCUUUCGCGAGCUUUUCGAAUAUCUGAACUGAUCGAGGCCGGAAUCGUCUGGGUCAAUACUCAUCAUCGAAACGACCCCAGUAGCCCAUGGGGAGGUGCAAGGUCAGCCAGUGGAGUUGGCAGUGAAAAUGGAGUCGAUGCUUACCAUGAUUAUACUUCGACCAAGAGCACAAUUAUAAACUUCGCUCGGCCAGAGGAAUCGUUGGAUAUGGAUGACUGGUUUGGAAAAUCCUCCAAAAAUGUCCGGUACGGGUAG